AUGGUUGAAAGGAACAAUAAACCGCCUGAACUUGAUGAUCGAUCUACUUCUGUCUCGGAGGAAGGGGACUGUGGGGUUAGGGUUGGUGAGGACGUGGAGGCAUUAACGGCGAGGGUAAUAGAUUCGAUAUCUGAGAGAGCACUAUGCAGGAGGUUUGACUUAAGGUUACUACCGGUAUUGGCGGUCAUGUACUUGUUUAAUGCCCUAGACAAAGGCAAUCUAGGCAACGCCAAAACCAAUGGCUUCGAGAAAGACCUAGGUUUCACGGGUAACCAGUAUAACAUCUUAUUGUCAGUGUUCUACGUUCCCUACGUGCUCUGCGCACCACUGGUAGGAAUGCUAGGAAAGAUGUACGGGCCCAGCAGGGUGCUACCAAUAUCGAUGCUUACCUUCGGGAGUAUGACGUUGUUGGGGGCGGCUUGCAAGACCUUUGGGGGGAUGAUGACUGUGAGAGUAAUAUUGGGUGUUGCUGAGAGUGCUUUUUUCCCUCUGGUCAUAUACUACCUCACGACAUUCUACAGACGUGGAGAAUUAGCACGUAGACUUGCUAUAUUCUACGCGGCGAGGCUCCUCGCCUUCGGCGUAUUCCACAUCAAAAGCCACCUCCCCGCCUGGCGCUACCUCUUCAUAAUCGAAGGUACCUGCACCGUUCUCUUCAGCUUCUUCGCAUACUGGUACCUACCAAUGAGCGCCGCAAAAGCCCAUUUCCUAAGCCCCGAAGAAAAGGAACUCGCCUUCUAUCGAAUCCAGGUGGAUAGCUCCUCCACCGUCGACGAGGAGUUCAGCCUCAGGGAGUCUAUCAAGGUCUUCAAGAUGCCGGUUGCGUGGGCUUGGCUGGCUAUAGAAAUAUGUCUAGGUGUACCGCUGCAGAGUGUUAGCUUAUUCUUGCCCCAGAUUGUGGAGAGGUUGGGAUACAGCGUUGUUAAAACGAAUCUCUAUACUGUUGCGCCGAACAUUACUGGUGCGGUAAUGUUGCUCGUAUUGGCGUUCACUUCGGACUUCACUAGACUGCGGUCGCCGUUUAUUACCCUGGCUUUCUCCUUCCCACUGGUCGGCUUCAUAAUCUACGCCAGCAUCGACGUCCUACACGAUGAGCAAACGGCCUACUUCGCAACAUUCAUGAUGUGCUGGGGUACCUCCGCUCCCAGUGUUCUCCUAUCGACAUGGUAUAACAACAACAUUGCCCACGAAGGAAAACGCGUAGUCCUAACCUCCGUCGGCGUGCCCGUAGCAAACAUGAUGGGCGUCGUGAGCUCCAAUAUUUUCCGUCCACAAGAUGCACCAGAUUACAUCCCGGCACUGAUAACAACCGCCUGCUUCGGCGCAGUCGGCACGCUCCUAGCGGGGAGCCUGGGCACGUACAUGGCUUUCGAUAACAGUAGGAGGAAUCGUGUACAGGGUAUGGACAUCGACGCGCGGGAUGUGGCGACGAAGGCUCUGAAGGAUGGGCCCGCGUCGCCUAAUUUCAGGUGGUUCCUAUAG